AUGCAGAGGCGGAUGGGAUUUUCAUCUGGUGGGGCACAGACCGACAGACAGAGAGAGGCAUCCCAAUUUCGUUUUCAACCCAGUGUCUCACUCAAGGGAAUUUUCUCUACUCCUAUCACAUCCUUUUUCGUGUCAAAUAUCGUCUUCAAAAUGCCCACAACGUUACAAAAGGCGCGCAAGCAUAUUGCGAAGAAGCGAAAUGGCCAUGUCGAAGCUCUGCAUGAGUUCUCCCGAGACUCAAAGCGCCUGCACAAGGCGUCGGUGAGAGACCAAAAGCUGGAGAAGCUUGCUGCUGCCAGAGGCAAGAAGGAGCAGCCUAUGAUUGACCGUGCCUCUUAUUUUCAGAAGGCUGUUCAAGAGAAGGGUUCCGUUCCUCUCGAGCUGGCCACUAUUCAGGAGCUUAUCCACAAGUUCGUGCACCAGUAUGAUGAGGAGUACGCUGAGGUCAAAAAGACCCGCCGCCCUGGUCGUCCUGCGAGCGCCAAGGAGGACUUGCUGAAGAUGAAGAUUGCUACCCUCGAAGAGGAGUACAAGAUUGGUUUCUUCUUGCCGGAUCUCACAAAUGAAUCCAACGUCAACCUUCUUGACCGCUGGGAGGGUUCUUGGUCCUUCCUCCCCUCUGUCGCUUGGGUGAGGAUAACGAGUGAUGGCAACAUCAAGAAGUCCAGCUUCCCUCCCAAGGGUAGCUCAUAA